AGCCCGUUUCACCGGCGAGAUCGACGACGCCGAGCUGUUGUGCUGGCGCUAUGAAGAAGUGAUCCGCGAGGCCGCGUGGGCUGAGCUCGAGCUCUGGGUGUACCUGAGGAAGACGAGGAGCAAGAGCAGCAGCUCCCGGAAUCGCGCGUUGCUGACGUCGGUGCUUGGGCUUUUGAGGGUGACCAGCUCGACCUCCAGCUCGGCCCACCCUCGGGCGUUCGGCUACAACUCGGCUCGCGUCAUCAUCCGGCCAAAUCUUCACCAUCGGGCUCGGUUAAACAUGAGGCUAAAGAAGACGAUCAGCACUCGUCCGACUUACGUGACUGCCACAAGGCCGACUUUCGAGACAGCAACAACGCAAGAGAGCCGAGUGGCUACUGAUGAAGCCCAGUCGUUCACCUACGAGACGCCGACCACCGGCACGGGGACUCGAGACAUCCCAACCCUUACCCGUGAACAAGUGCCAAAGAAAACCAAGUCGACCUCGCGCUCACAUGUCCGGAGCACGACGUCGACGGCCGAGAGUACGAUCCUAACGUUCAAAUGCCCCGACCGCUCGUCAAAUCAGAGUUCCACCACGAGGCGCUCACACUCACGCCUGAAGAGCACGACGUCGACCGGGGAGAAUACGAUGGUGCCUCGGGAGCAUGAGGAAAAGCUGGACAAAGCAGCUGCCAGGCGUUCAAGGGCAAAGAGCACGACGUCGACCACGGAGAAUACGAUGGCAGCCCGAAUCGAUGAAGCCGAAAAUCCUCCACCGACUCCCGAUGGAUCUCCGGAUCGAACCGAGUGG